CACCAGCCCAUGUCCCGCUAGUAGCAUCAGAUACAGAUACUCUGUGAACAGAAGAAGUACAUGUAGAUUUUAAAACGCAUUCCAGAUCAGCUCCAACCAUGGAGCCUUUCCUACCAGUCCUCGACAGCGACAGCAGUGUUGUUACUGAUACCGCAUUCACAGAUAUGAACACUGCAGACAUUCUGGAAAUGUGUGAUCUGCUGGCUCCUGAUACAACAUCGUCAGAAGUAAUGGACUUUGUGGCUCGAGAAUCGAAUGUUCAAAGGGACAAGACCUUUCAGGAUGCAGGUCUUUCCUUGGAACGUUUCCCUCCGUCUUCUGACGAGGCAGAUCUUAUUGAUAAGCUCUUGGCCGAUGAACUUGAGAAGCUGUCGUUUGAAGAGAAGGAGCGAAAUACGUUUGAUUUAUAUGGAAUGGCCCAUGAGAGCAAGGACCCUAAGGAUGUUGAUGCUUCGCUAGCGCAAUUGGAGCUGGAAAUUCGAAAGAUACCUCACCGGAAGGCCUAUGAAAAAGCCAAGUAUUUGAACAAAGAGUAUGUGAUGGACAAGGAUUUCCGCCUUAUGUUUCUUCGCUGCGAUGAUUUUGAUGUCAAGUCGUCGGCACAGAGAAUUGUGCAGCAUUUUGAGGUCAAAUUGGAGCUGUUUGGUGAUGGCCCUGCCUUGGGCAGAAAUCUACUCAUGAGUGAUCUUAGUGAAGAUGACAUGAAGGUUCUCACAUCAGGGGCAUGGCAGUUCUUGCCCGUGCGUGAUGCUGCUGGCCGUCUGGUCUUGGUGAUAUGCCCUGGCUACAGGGACAACUCUGUAGCAAUGAAUUCUCAUCUACGCGUCGAAGCAUUUUUUGCAAUGAGCUUUCUCCAAGCUGAGGUUGCACGAAGGAAGGGCAUAGUUGUGGUAAUCUGUCUUAUUGGAGAAUCACUGCUCAAUCUACCACAGACUUUUCUUCAUAAUCUUCAGCGAAUUAAAGGGCUCAGGUCAGGGGGGGUACACAAGGUGGCUGGUGUCCAUUUCCUGUUGACCCAAGAAUAUCUUCGUCCUUUGGUUGGUGGCAUUCGAUGGUUACUCCCGGAGAAAGUGAGAGCAAAAGUAUGCGUCCACUUUGGGGACUUUGAACAGGUCAAAUUCAAAUUGCAGACUUUUGGAAUCCCAACAGAUUGCCUCCCAUUCCAUCCAAAUCAACCCAUGAAUCUGGAGAAUCAUCUUCAAUGGAUCCGGAGCUGGCGAAAGCAGGAAGAAAAGGGCAAGAAGAAUACAGCUGAUACCAUAGUCCCCCAUCGAUUUGAUGUCCUCUUCGGACGGGGACGUCAUACCACAAAUCACACGGGCAAUGUGAGAGCUGCACAUAUCGCAGACAUGUUUCGAGACAAAUAUGAGGCUGCUGGGAAGUAUGGAAAGACAGCAAUUGCUGAACGUAUUGUCACAAUUAUCCAAGAAUCGCAUGGUCGGUUUUUGAAAUGGGAAGAUGACACAUGGGAAGAAGUGGACCAACAAACUGCGAGGAAUAAGAUUUCCCACUUUUAUCGAAACACGCGCAACAAAGGUGGCCCCAGCAAAAGCAAGGCAUCCCCAUCUGACGGCUCGGCUAGUUUUGGAGCAACCAGCUCAGAGGGAGAGUCACUGGCUUCAGUUUUGUCCAAGAGAACACACUCAGAUUCACUGCAACAAUCACCACAGCGAAUUCAGAAACGGCACCAACGGGAUGACUAACUCAAGGGGUUGUCAAAGAUUGGGACUUUGGAUUCCGGGAUGUCAGUGGACGCAAUGCUGCUUCUUUGUGGGAGCCAACCUCCAGUAAUACACAGUGUGGCAUGUUGGACAUUGGAGCUUGUGUUUGUCCCAGUAAGACUGAGCAUUCCUCUUGUUCGUUCGGUUACCUUGGUCUAUGGCAUCGCAAGUCGUCUCUUGGUAUCCGUUAUUGCGAGGUAAGCCGUAGUGCAAACGGGC